AUGUCGAAUUUGUCUCUUGCCAUAUCAACCAUUAACCUGGUCAAGAUUUACGUCUUAAUUAGACCCAAGAGCGUUGACCUGAUCAAGCAAUACACAGCUCUUGCAUACCAAACCGCGACGGACCAGGGGCUUAAUCCAAUGGCCAUUUUCAUCCGUUCUGGAAAUGACCCGGCUUCUGACGAUGAUCAAGUGAUAAACACGGAAAUGAUAGGUAAGGGGACCCAUAUCGCUAGUCAUGGGUAUGUGGAAUCGGAGUCCGACUGGCACAUUCGAGACGCCACAUAUGCCCAAGAUAAGCUAGAUUCAGUACUAGACAGGCCGACAGGUCGUCCGGCAUGGUCAACGGAGAAAAAGCUUCACUUUGAGGGUGAGGUCGGGCUUGGACAGCUCAGAAAAGAGGGUGAAUUUGGCGCCGGCAAAGAAGGGCCAGCGGAAAAUGUGAGGUCGGAUACAGGAAACUUGGCUAAGCCACGUACUGCACCUGUCGAUGAUUAUCAAGACUCAACAAUCAACGAGUCGAUAGAUCCUGGUACCCAAGCACUACCUACAAAACAACAUCUGGAGGACAAGAGAAAGUAG